CCAGCCGCAGAUCCACAACACCGAGCGACUCCGGUGUGUGUUUUGUCUCCUGUCCGGUCCGGUUCUUCACGACAGUCAGAGGGAGCGAGAGAGAGAGAGGAGAGCGUUUACUGAUUGGCUGAAUCGUGACCGCUCUGCCCACCGCGCGCCACACACGGAGCCGCGCGUACAUAUAUUGGGGUCCACGGGCUAGAGCCACUCGACAGUUUCCGCCGGUUCCCCCGAGGGCGCGCGCGGACAAGGAAGACACAGAACGGCUUAAGUAAAAUAAAAAAUAACAGAGUCCAUGGCUGCCCCCACACACAGCAGCUGCAUGUGGAUGUUGGUUCUGGGCGCGUGUGUGUCGCUGGUGGCCGGAUCAGACUGCGGGAAGGAGUGCGCACUAUGUGUGUACCGUCUGCUGGGACAGCAGUCUGGUUUCUCCUCCCUGACAUGCUCACUUGAGUGCGAUGGUGGGUUGGACAGCCAGAAGCUCCGCCUGUGCCGGGACUUCUUGCUGGAGGAGGAAAACCACAUUCCUCUGGACACUGACCCCCGUCAACAGCAGGAACAGGAAGCAGCAGGCGCCAUGAUGGCUGACAACGAGGAUGCAACAUCACCGGAACACCAGCUGGCCAAGAAGUACGGCGGCUUCAUGAAGCGCUACGGUGGUUUCAUGUCUCGCCGCUCCUCCUCCUCUCCAGAGGGGGCGCUAGAGGAUCCUGGAAACCAGGACGAGGAAGAAAACGUUCGCCUGGAGAUCCUUAAGAUCCUUAAUGCUGCGGCCGAGCACGGCGGCGAAGGAGAUGGUCAGGGAGGGGAGGCGGUGAAGAGGUACGGCGGCUUCAUGCGUCGGGCUGAAGGAGGGGUGGCGCAGAGCGACCUGCUGGAGGCAGUGUUAGGCCGCGGCCUCAAGAAGCGUUAUGGAGGCUUCAUGAGGCGCGUGGGGAGGCCUGAGUGGCUGGUGGACAGCAGCAAGAGUGGGGCGGUGUUGAAACGGGCCUGGGAGAACGGCAGCGAGCUACAGAAGAGGUACGGUGGGUUCAUGGACUAGGAUGCCUCAGUUCUGACCCUUCAACCCCCCCCAUCCCUCUAACCCCUUCUCUUCAACCAAUCACCUUGUAGUCUGGACUCGUUUGUGUCUGAAUCGACUCCUUCUGCUAUUCUCACUGCAUCAUCUGGCUUUGUAUAACAUUCUGCUGCCUACUCCACUGGUCCUGUAAUGAUAAAAAACGAGAAACAUAAAUCAUUCACAUGUACACAAAUCAUCUUUUUUUUGGUCUGUUUUUGGUUUUCAUGAUAUUAUUUAUUAAAAGAAUCUGUUGAUUGAG